AUGUUGAAUGAGGAUGUAUUCGAUGGAGAAUUUGCUUCAGUGAGCCCGUUGGUUAACCAAGCAGGAAAGGUCAAAGCCGAGGAAGAGGAGACUAUCACGUUUGUCGAAAGUGACGAAGCCGAGGAAGAGGAGACUCUCAUUUUCGCCGGUAAGAAGAAGGGGAAGAAAGGGAAGAAGGAAAAGAAGGCUUCGAAUGAUGAUGAGGACAUUGAUGCUCUAAUUGGUAAGCUGGAAGGACACACGAUGACUGAAGUCGUGCCUGAGCAAUUUGCCUACCAACGAUUUGAGUCCGUGUUUUACAUCCCUAACUGCAAAAGCAUGGAUUUCGUCGUGUUUUUGACAGCGCUGCGUCGAGAAGCAGCUGCAGCGCCAUCCGCAGUUCCUGCAGAGCGGAAGGUUGCAGAGGAGGAACCUACAGCUGCGGAGAAGUUUUCAGCAACUGGAGCUGGUCUGCUUGAAGCCGAAGAAGUCGCAGAGUCAGCAGCUUCAAAAAAGAAGAAGAUGAAGAAGAAGAAAGAGAAGGAAAAGGCUGCAAAGGUUGGAGCAGCUGACAAACCUGCAGAGGAUGAAGUAGUUGAGGAGAAGAACGCUCCAGUGAGAAUAGAGGAAACUAAAGCCAAGGCUUCUGACAAGAAGGUACCAAAGUAUGUGCGGGAGAUGCAAGAGCCGCUGGCCCAGAUGAAAGAGGAAGAGGAGAAACGCCGGAGAGUGGAGAAAGAGCAGCAAGGGCUGGAGGAGUUGUAG